UUGUUUCACUUUUUAUUUUAGACGCUGUCCAUUUGUAUUCGGUGCUAAUAAAAUAUUAAGAUUAAUUUCGCAUUAAAUGAUUGAAUUAAAUCGCAAAUAACGGGAAAAAUUCGUUGAAUUUAUUAAUUCCUAAAUCUUAUAUCAUUGGAACAAAACGGGAACUGCGGGUUGAAGAUCGGGGGAAUGGGAUUGAACUGUAGCUUGUAAUCUGCCCCCUCUAAUACAGGAGCGCGAUGGAGGACUCUGGUGCAAUGACAGCUAAUGCCCAGGAGUUCUGCCUCCGCUGGAACAACUUCCAUUCUAGCUUAGUAACUGCAUUGGAUGGAUUUAAGAACGACCAAGAUUUUGUAGAUGUAACUCUAGCAUGUGAAGGACAGUUUCUCAAAGCUCACAAAAUGCUACUUUCAGCAUGUUCAGUUUUCUUCAGAGAUCUCUUGAAGGCAAAUCCAUGUCAGCAUCCAAUUGUCAUAUUGCCACCGGAGGUGCGUUUUGCAGAUUUAGAGAAGCUUCUACGAUUUAUAUAUCAGGGGGAAGUAAAUGUGCAUCAAGAAAAUUUGGCUAGAUUUCUCAAAACUGCAGAAAUGUUAAAGAUCCGGGGCCUUGCAGAGGAUAGUGAAAAGCAGAGAGUACUUCGUUCAUCCUCUCCAAGACCACCAGAAGGAUGUGACUCAGAUUCCGUCAGUCCUAAACGACCCAGGUUAUCUAUAGACGUCCACCAACCCUCUCAAGAACCACAUACCCCAAAUGAUGAUAGUCGGUUAUCAGGUGAUUCAGAUUCAGAAAUGAUACCUGUCAAACAAGAGAUGGUUGAACUAAAAGAGUGCAGUGAUUCUGCAUAUGAAGGUGGUGAAGGUGAGGCCUUUGUCCCAGAGGCGUACCUGAGAGAAGGAGGUCCUGCCUCCUCCUCACAACAAUCCCAACAAGCUCCCCCAAAUGCACCCCCGCCCCCCGGGCCACUAUUACCUUCUUAUGUUCCGCCGCCCCAAGUCAAGACACAAGAUGGGCUCUGUCGGACCCCACCGCACCCGGUAGGGGGACUCAUCAGACGCUUUUUGGAAGAAUGCUUGCAGCUAUCUGAGCCGGGACCCCUGCUGUCCUGCUAUACUGGGCUGGAGUCGACCCCACACUUCCAGCUUCUGCGAUCUGUAGCAAAGGAAUGGAGCUACUGCCGUAAUGCCACCCAGAAUUACACCACCAUGGGUGGCAGUAGCAAGCGCCAGAGGGCUACUUCAAGGCUCAUUGAAACAUUUGAAAGUAUUGAUGCUCUACGCACACAAUUGGCUCACUACAUGCAUCAAAUUAUUCUUCUGGAAAUGUCCAGUCCUGGUACUAUAGCUAAAGUAUCAAAGGCUGAACUCCAGGUACAACAACAUCAGCAACAGGUAAAUCAACAGGCACAACAAGGGGAAGGGGCAGCACCUGAAGGGGGAAAUAAUAGUAAUUCUGAUCCUGCUCCCAUGGAUAUAGCAGAAAUGACAGGUAUCACAACUGAACAAUGCACUUUCUUCUCUAAAGCCACUGAAGUUAUGAAGCAGUUACGUAAGUUGUACUUUGAUCAGUCUCGCCGACUAGCUGUGCGUAUAAGCCAGCUGAAAAAGGGGCGUCAACAGUCUCAGGAACGUAUGCAGAGACAGCAAGCCAUGCAACAAAACUACCUCCAACAAACUUUACAACAGCUCCAGCAACAACAGCAUCAUCAGCAACAGCAGCAUCAUCAGCCACAGCAGCAACAGCAGCAGCAACAGCAGCAGCAACAGCAUCACCAGGGCCAACAAAUGGGUAGUCAUCAAAUGGGCCAAGGUCACCAAGAUGGCGCUGCACAGCUCUUACAUGGACAGCUGUCUCUGCAUCAUCUCCACCAACCUUGGUCUGACUAGUGAUGGUGAUGAGGUUGCAUCUAGCAAAACUGGUCUGGUCUUUUUAAAAUUUUAACCUUUUAACAGCAGCUACCUGCAGUACCAUUUUAGUUGUGUGGUAUAAAAAGCAGUAUUUAUGGUAUGAAGCUAAUGACAAGGGCAACAGGCUCAAUCAAAAUGAAUUCUUGUGCUGGGAUUGAGAGUUUGCUUCCUCAGAAGGUAUUGCUUUCAUGUGCAAACUGAUAAUCCAUUUCAGUUAAAGCCAGUGAUAGUGUGAAACAAUGCCUCUUUAAGUCUAGAAUAGUGGAUAUGCAACUAUUAUCAUGGUCAUGAUGUAUAUGAGUGCACAAGGGAUUUUCCAGAAUCUCAUUGCGAACACAGUCCUGGAAACCAUCUAUGCAUUGUACAGGAAAUCUUAUGACCAUUUCAACAAAAAAUAAUUUUGUUACUAAUAUGUAGAAUGUGGUGUACAUAAUAUUAAGUACUGGUAGGUAUGGUGAAUAGCCUGUUGUGGCAUUAGGGUUCAAGUGUUCCAAUUAGGUAUUUGGAAAAUGUGGUGUCAUAUGGCAUAAACAUUUUCCUUCAGCACACAACUCAGGAAGUGACAGGGCAUAUGUUACAUAUUCCAACUCUCCUCAUAAAACUUUUUUUUUUUUUUAAGCUGUAAGGUUGAAUGCUUCACAAUCAAGAACGGGUCUCUUGCUAUGUCAGCCACAUUGAGGAGCUUGAUUCAAAUGCCUAAAUGGAACACUGUAUUCUUCACAAUUUGGAUAUCUUGUUUGAGAGGUAUUGAGUAUUUCAGGUAUUACUGGUAAUCAAAUUCUUAUACAUUAAUGAAACUAAAAAAACAAAGGUUAAGAAUAUUGAUAAAAGGUUCUCAAGGCGAUAUAUCCGCCAUAAGUUGCAGUCGUCAGAAGUUGUGUGAAUGUGAUUUAUCUUGUGACUGGUAUGCAGGGCUGCAGCUUCUUCUUCCCACCCACCCCCCACCCCCUUCCCAGGGAGUCUCUUCCAAUACAAACCUUGUAGUUUGGAACAGUUGCAGAUAUAACCAUCUGUGUCAUUACUGUGUGUACAUCCUUGUGAUGCUCCUCAUCUUACAUAUGAAUGAUCACAUAAACUUUAUACCUCAAGAUUCUACCUGUAAACAAGCCAAGACUUAAAAUCUAUUUUAUUUACUAGCAUUAUACCAGGUGCUCUAAGCCCAGUGUCUUUAGUGGUCUUAUAUUUAGAAAUGGCUAGGCUUAUGUGGGUGGAGGUUUUGUUGACAUAUGCCAAAUUUUACAUAUACCUUGCAUGAAAUAUAAGUUUAGUAUUGGAGUUAGCCUCUUAAUGAUGUGCCAUGGGCAGAAUUUGCUGCUCUUGGGCUAGGCACAGUGGACUCAAGUUAUAUUGACCAUACAAAGGAGAAAAAUGGCAAAUUAUGCUAGCCAUGCGAAGUAGAAGUACUGUACUUGGCGUAUGUUGUUAGUUUUAUUCAGGUAUGUAAUUUAAGUAUUACGUACACACGUCAGAUUGAGGGGGCUUAUUUUACUGAGCAGUUAUCAGGUAAACAAAGUUCAGGUUUCAAAUAGAAUUAAAUGUUUUGAAUGGUGCUUGCAUCAGGAAGAAGGUGAAGUAAUUAUAUGGCUCAGUGUCUAGUGAUGACUUUCUUGAAAACCUCAUUCUGUAUUGCUUUCAUCCUGUUGCAAGCUAACCUUCAAAACUCAACAUUUUACAGAUUACAGAGAUAGCUAUAUUUAUUAAGUUAAAUUAGGCUACAUUAUCAUAUUUUUUUAUUGUACUUAGAUUGUUUAUUAUUUUAUAAUUUUUAUUAAUGUUUAAUAUUGCAUUUUAAUAUUUUAUAUUUGUAUACUGUACUGUAUAGUGUGUUUCAAUCUGAAAUGUAUGAUUGUGUCAAUAACUGUUUUAAGAAGCGCUAAAGCUGAAUCCUUGAUAGGGUUGGCCAGAUCAAGUUCAUAGCAGAUCUUGCCUUAAAGGGUACAGGAGCUUUUAAGGUCCAUGCCCAACUCUGUAACAUAUGGGGAUAUGUCAUGCUAUGCAACCAUAAGUCUCUAAUAAUCAGCAGCUCGGUUAUGGAGUAUCUUUUGUCAAAACAAAAGUUUUAGAAACACAAGAACUGGUGUGCAUAAUAAUUGCUGCUUCAGAAUCUUGUUAAACAUGCAAUAUAUGAUGUAAAGAAUAUGAUUGAUUUAACUUUAUUCAUAAUUCAUAUUAGUGGGUGAUGUAAAACUAUUUUUAUUUCAUAUAGGAACAUAGUUACACAGUAGAUCAGUAACUUCAGAUAAAUCUUUGCUCUUCAGUGGUUUGGCCUUAUUUUGGUAAAUUGCAUGAACUCCAUUUGGGUUAGGAUAUAUAUAUUUUUUUUUUAUAAUGAAUACUUCAGAUGUUCUGGACCUAAUGUACAAGUGGUUUAUAUCCUGGCUAUCAUGUAUAAGUAUGUGUGUUUGCUACUGUUGCUAAGGCAUAUGUUCUUAAUAUGAUGUCUAUUGAGAGGACUUUGCAAACUUAGAUCCAAACAUUUUGUGGUAUAGUAUUAAUUUAUCCACUGUCAAAUAUUAUAUUUAUAUAUAUAUUAGCUGUGAAAAAGACAAUAAAGACUGAGCUGGCAGAUAUUGGCAGAUUGUUAGUAUAUAAGCUGUUUCAGGCUUAAGAGCCCUGCAUGCAUGAGCACAAGCUGGUAUUAAAUCAUAUGAUGGAUGUUACAGAUGUCUUAUAUUAGGAAAUGAAAUUGAGAAAUAUAAGCCAUCAGGUAUGAUGGUUUUCUGUGUAACUUGUACUAUCUUGUACUAGUUACUUAUAGAUUGGAAACAUUAGGUUAAUACAGCAAAGACUUUAAGUAUGAUCUUAUGAAGGUGGGUGUGAGGUUUAGUGAAUGAGCAUGUAGGGGGACUGAGAAAAUGGAAGGUGAUACAGUAUAGGCCAGUCAUCAGUCUAGGGAGACCUCGGUAACCUAGCAGGCUUUCUGUCCCCAGUAGUGGGUAUGCAUGUAGUGAAAGGAAGGGUUAGUGAAAUUAAUUAUCUUGUACUUGUGUGGCAUGGGCAUAUUUAGGACAUGGUUGUGGAAAUAAAUUUAUUUGGCCGAAGGGAUUGAAAAUGCGUGUGCUGUCAGACUUAAAGGGGAAAAGUUAGUUUUUAAGUGUUAUGAAUGUUUAUUCCAAGGUUAUAUGGGGAUACAUUGAGAAGGGUAUGUGAAGUUGGGUCAUCAUAUACUUCUCAGUUUAGUAGGAAAGGGUAGUCAGAAUGUAGUUUGAUAGACAGUUUGGUAACAUUACAUCAUUGAUAAAAUUGGUCAUAAUUUAUAGUUGUAUUAGGGCAUUUUGGUUCAACCAUAAUGAGUUGAACUGUAAGUCCUAGCCAAAAUUCUGGACAGGAAACCUGAUUGGAGUGGAUUCUGUAGCACACUGUAUCUGUUCUCACAGACAUAUAUGCAUUUUAAUAAUGUCCAUCAUAUCCAUACCCAUGAUACAUAUCCAGGGCUACACAAUAAACGGGUACUACAUACAAGGUCACUAUAACAGGGUCCAGCUGGCGUGCCUAGCGCUUCCGGUGUUGUUCGUCUUGCAUUCCUACAGUGGAAUUAGACAUUCAGGAUCAGUUACCUAUAUUAUUUCAACAUUAAUUUUGGGUUAGGAAAGUCCUUAGAAUAAAUUAUGAUCACUCUGGUCUCUUGAGCCAAUUUCUUGGGUGCAUCUACCUCAUGUGGUUUCUUCUGGUGGCUUGUGUGACCCCUUCCAAGACAUUUUAAGGUCCUCCACAUAAUCAAAGUCAGGGAUUGAAUUUAGAGUAUCUGCUGAUCAAAUUCUGUGAUAUAUUCAAUGUCUUCUCAGGUUAGCAUAGAUAAUGGCAAACUUCCCAUGUUGUUAAUAAGGUAUGGAUUCUGAAGAUUUUAGUAAUUAGAACCAACCAUCAGGACAGUGGCAGAUGUCAUUGUCAGUCAUGUAGCCAUGAGAAUCAUUAGAAUGAUCAUUAUUGCAGAAAUAAUUUACAGAGUUGUCUUGGAUCUUAUGAGGUCAUUAUGGGAGGUGUCUGUCAAACCAAAUGUGAAUAUAUCCUGCAGGUUUUUAACAUUCAGGGUCAUGUAUUAUUAUAUACAGCAACUUUUCUGUCAGGGGUUCUUGCAAUAUUCAGGUGAAGAUACCAUAGUUUUUGUAAUUUUUUGCCAUGACAACUUGUACAACUCGGCUACAAUUUCAACGCAGGUACUUUGUAGUCUGGGGAUGUCUUUGUAAACAAGUUAAUCAUUUUACCAGCAGUUUUAAACUGCAUCGGUGAUAAAUUCAUUCUUGAUGAUUAAUAGCCAUGCAAAAUGUUUACUGUUUAGAACAUGUUGUGAUGUUUCUUGAUAAGGACAUGCCAUCACUGGCAAUUCUAUAACAUACACUGGCUCUAUAAAGUCCAGGUAUUCUCUUGGGUAGAGGGAUUAAUGUCUUUAUAGUUUCAGUGCAACUGUUAACAUUUGCCAUGCAUGUUUCAAAUUUACUACCAUUACAUUUUGUUUUCAUAUUUGGGUUAUAAAACAGCAUAUUACACCCAUACUUCAGUUAUCUAGAAGAAUGUAAGUCAUUGAUCAUUCAUGACCUGGAUAUUUAUCCAGCGACUUGAGAAUGUCAAAAUACAUUGCCAGUGUUGACCUUAAUUUUUUUUUUAAUUGUGCGUCAUUCAUGAUCAGAAUUUCAGUAAAGAUUUUUUGUAACUCCAUUUAGAUAAACUGAAGUAUUUGUGUCUAUUUUUAUAGCUUGUGUACUUUGAUUUUAUGUUAAGAAUUUUAUAUGAAUAUAGUUUGUGUUUUACUAUCAAUUAUAGUGUAUAUUUUCAGAAGUGCAAAUUUUAAAUAAUUUUCCUUGUUGUAACAUAGGAUAUGCAAUGGAGAAGGUAAAUUGCAAUUUCAAAAUUGUUUUUUGAUAAAUAUGAAAUUUUAGUGUUAAGCUUGAGUAAAACUCGCAAAUUAUUAAACUUUGUGAAAUAUAAAACAAAACAAAAAUUGAUACAGUGUUUGCUGAAAUUUUUAAGUAUAUCUUUCUCACUUGCAUAUCCUAAUAAUUUCCAAGUAAAUCUAUCUUAGUGUCUAACAAUAAACAGUAUCUGGGUUUGCUGCGUACAAAACAAAUAGCCAUUGUCUAUUUGAUGUAAUACGAUUUUUAACAAUGCCCGUUAUCAUAGAGGAUUAGGGUUCAGAUAGCUUGAAUGCGUGGUUGUGUCUUGACUGGCAAGGUUAAAACUCUGCAGUUUCUCUCAAAGUAUUCCAUGUGUUAAGUUGUAAGGUAAUAAAUGCUACUGAAAUCUUGACAGAUUUAGCCUUGCCAGUAAGUCACAUUUAUUGUCCGUUGUCAGUCUCUAGUCCUCAUCUUUCCAUUUUAAACGUUUGUAAUCCCCUGUAUCUUCAUAUAUGUACUGGCAAAUUUAAUGCAAGGUUAGAAGGGUGUCAGGGCACUGAUGACACUGACAGUAAUGUUUACAUUGGUAAGUGCACUAGGUCAAAAUAUUAUUUUUAAAAUUAAGUAGAUCAUUGUUGGGUUAAAAAGUGUGAAACACUGCUUGGAAGCUUUAAACUUGCUUUUAAUUUUAUUUACUAUGAAAUCUAUUGCUCAAAGGAACUCAGUUUAAAUAAGUUUUACAAGGUAAUGACUGUAGUAAAUUGUAAUAUUCUUAUGACUUGCUAGUAUAAAAGUGUUCGGUUUUCGUAGGUAUUUAAGUUUUGUUAUUACUGUUAAACAGUUUAUUGAUUUGAUGGACUUUAUAUACAGUAUGUCCUUAUCAUUCCUUGUGAUUGCUGAGGCAAUGUUUUAGUACUGUGCGUAUGUGCUGGUUGGUGCCUCAGUGUCCCGAUAGCUUCAGAUGUUGGUGUUGUAGCUUUAGAUGAUAAUGUCUAGCAUACGGAACUAUCAAGUGAUUGCAGUGGACUCCUUGGUGAGUUUCACUGUGCCAUGGCAUUCUAUUCAAUGCAUUUUAUAGUCUCACAUAUGGAAACUAAUUGAUACCUAUUAAUAAAUGAACCUAACUUA